AUGUCAAUGAAACGGGAGAAACGUGUCGUUCAGAAUUCGUCGAAAACAAUGAAGUGGACUCGACUGGAUAAUUUUCUUCAAUUCCUGGUUGAUCCGAAAAAACUAGCAUUUAUGGCGGUUCUCUUCGUGGCUCUGGAGAUCAUACUGAAUAUUUUUGUUAUUCAUAAUGUCAAGUAUACGGAAAUCGACUGGAGGGCGUACAUGCAAGAAGUUGAGGGUUUUUUAAAUGGAACACUGGAUUAUGGAAAACUGAGAGGGGAUACAGGACCACUCGUAUAUCCAGCUGGAUUUGUCUAUGUUUACUCACUCUUGUACUACAUAACAUCACAUGGAAUGGACAUCAGAUCUGCACAAUAUGUUUUCGCUCUACUCUAUAUAGUUUUGUUGAUUUUAGUUUUAAGGAUUUAUGCGAAAGCUAAAAAAGUUCCACCUUACGUUUUAAUAUUAAUAUUCUGCACCUCUUAUCGAGUGCAUUCAAUAUUUAUACUGAGACUCUUUAAUGAUUCAGUUGCUAUGAUAUUCUUAUUUGCAAGUUUGAAUGCCUUCCUGGAUGACAAGUGGUACUGGGGCAGCGUACUUUACAGUUUAGCAGUCUCAGUAAAAAUGAAUAUACUGCUAUUUUCUCCCGCAUUAUUAAUUGCCUACAUAUGCAACUUAGGGUUAUUUAAAACGAUUGUUCAUCUUGCAGUUUGUGGUAUUAGUCAAAUUAUAUUGGGACUUCCAUUUUUGAUAAAUAAUCCGUAUGCGUACAUAAAUGGAGCUUUUAAUUUUGGACGAAUAUUUGAGUACAAGUGGACUGUCAAUUGGAGACUGAUUUCCCAGGAUUUAUUUGUCAAUCCUACCUUCCAUAUUGCGCUUUUAUUCCUGCAUUUAGCUGCUAUUGUUUACUUCAUUCCCUCCUGGAUGACGUACAUGAAGUGUUAUGCUAAAUUGAAGGUUGUAGAAAAGGAGUUGAAACCACAAAUGAAAAAACAUACUGACGUUGAUAUGUCCACUGUAGCUCAACUAUUUAUCGGGCCACUUUUCGCUGCAAAUUUUCUUGGAAUUAUGUUCAGUAGAUCUUUACACUAUCAAUUUUAUUUGUGGUACUAUCAUACACUGCCUUAUAUCGCCUGGUCUACACAUUAUGCAGUGUUAACCAGAAUUGUCAUUUUGGGUAUUAUUGAAUUAUGUUGGAAUGUCUAUCCCAGCACUGUCCUGAGCAGCACUGCUCUCCAUGCUUGUCAUCUAAUGUUAUUCUAUGGAUUACAUAGGAAUCGAGCGAAGAGUCAAAAAUUCGAUUGAAUGGUAUGCCAACCAUUAAAUCUCAGUCAAAUAAAGUCCAAUUAUAAUAAGUUACAAAAACAAUAGCGUAAGCCUUCUCCAUCAGGGAUCCACCUGGAUAUUUGUACGAAUGUCGAUAAAAAAAAUUGUAACAAUUGAGUUUUGAUUGAUGAUACUAUAAAUGUGCUGGAAAGAUUA